GAGAGAGAAAGUGAGGAGAGAGAGAGAAAACUGCCACUGGAUGUAAUUGAUUGUCUUGCUAUCAAGAAUAACUUGUUAGUAAUAGUCAAUUCUGGCUGCUUUUGAGGCUGACUGUUUCCACUGAAGCAUCAGAGGUUGUCAGGCUGGUACUCACUGAAGCUAAACCGUUAUCCAGGAACUGAGGACAGCAGACUUGGCAUUUUUUAAAAAGACUUAAAGUUCUCCAACCCUGCGGCAAAAGCAACAACAUGCUGCUGAUCGACUACAUGUAAUUUCGCGGACUUUAAGGGAUAUACGCCUUUUUUUAUUAAUUUGCAAAACUGAGCUAUUUAGAAUUGUGCACGUUCGAAAAAUCUGCACUUUUCAAGCAUCUUUUUAGACAAGCCUGAAAAGACAAAUAAUGACCUCCAAAGACGACGCAAAAGGCGCCUCGGUUGAGGAUCGAAGGCGCAGCCCGUUGGACCAUCUUCCUCCUCCGGCUAACUCAAACAAACCCCUCACUCCUUUCAGCAUAGAGGAUAUUUUAAACAAACCUUCUGUCAAACGAAGUUACACAAUAUGCGGCACGGCACACCUGCUUUCUUCCGGUGAGAAGCAUUCAUCCACGGGCCAUCCUCUUUCCACUCGGUCGCUGCUCACCCAGACAUCUCCACUCAGCGCACUGGAGGAACUCGCUAGCAAAACCUUCAAAGGACUGGAAGUCAGCGUUCUGCAAGCGGCAGAAGGAAGGGACGGCAUGACACUCUUUGGUCAGAGGAAUACCCCCAAAAAGCGAAGAAAGUCGAGAACAGCCUUUACCAAUCACCAAAUCUAUGAACUGGAGAAAAGGUUUCUUUAUCAGAAAUAUCUGUCUCCUGCUGAUCGGGAUCAGAUUGCUCAGCAACUCGGGCUAACGAAUGCUCAAGUCAUCACCUGGUUCCAGAACCGCCGAGCUAAACUCAAAAGAGACCUGGAGGAGAUGAAAGCAGAUGUGGAAUCGGCCAAAGCGGUAGGCAAUGUGCCUUACGAGAAAAUGGCCAAACUGGCAGACCUUGAGAAAUGUGUCGCCGGAACUCUCGGAGAUUCAGCCAAGUCUCAAAGUCUAUCUAACCUCGAGCGUCAGGGCACCAACAAACUGCACAUGUCACCAUCGUCACCAUUUACAGACCACACAACGAGCAAGGAGUGUUCAGAGGAUGAAGACGAGGAAAUUGAUGUCGAUGACUGAUUUCCGUUGAACUGCAUCGGUAUUAUUUACCUUUUUCUGAGAUGGUCCUCAAAAACCAUGAAAGUUGAAAGUGCCAUUAAUGCACCAAAUGUAUUAAGUGACUUGUAUUAUUAAUACAAAACAAAUCAAAUCGAUAUACAGAAAUAUCAAAGCAAGCAUGGGACAGUUUCUUCAAAUCUAUUUAUGCAGUGGCAGUUAUCUAAUAUCGUAAUCAUUUAGCCUAUUCGUUUAAACAAAUAGCUGAAGAGCAAUAAGUACGUUAAUGUUUGAGUCAAAUAUAAACACUCACACACAUACAAACACAAGCAUACACACUUUAAGCACGAUUGCCCAAUCUGAACUUUUUUACCCUGUUUUAAAUAAGUUAAAUGCAUGUUUUAUUUUUGUUUCUCGAAAUUAUUUUAGUCUGCAUAGAUAUAUAAAAACCUCCGAAAUUAAAUUCACACGUGGACCACCUCUGCGCGUCCCUGUUCUGCCGUUUGGCCUAUAUCAAAAUCGUUUGAUAAAAGAGUGUAUUAUAGAACAUUUCCUACAAAAGUUAUCACGGGAAAAAAUCGACUUCUCUGAUUAAAUAUGGACUGUCACGUUUUAAUAUAUUUCUUAUUGUUUGUAUGCCUGUAAGUGCCUUUUUA